UACCAAGUGGGGAAUUUCAAGAAUUAAGAUUGUUUAACUGAAAAUAAGAAUAAUUAGAUUAGACUGAAUUCCUUGCACGUGUCUCACGUGACUUCCCCUAUUCUCGUCCCUUUCCUUCUUACACGAUAAGGCUUAUUAAAACCAGUCCCAAUAUCAAAACGCCUAUCACCACCACCACCGCCACUCUCCGCCGCCGCUUUUCAAGAAUUAUGGCUUCUUCUCACCUCCUCAAUUCUUCCUCCUUUCUCUCCAAGUCAAAUUCUGCAUCUCCACACCACCACCGCUAUCCAUGUCCCACAAUACUCUGCGCCGCCACACCGUCUAUCACUUCUCCACCAGUUCUGCCGCCAUCAGCGCCUCCUCCCGGUUUAAGCUUCUCCGCUAAGUACGUUCCUUUCAACUCCAUCUCCACCAACACCCCCACCGCGGAGUCCUACUCCCUCGACGACGUCGUGUACCGCAGCCGAGACGGCGGCCUCCUCGACGUCCAACAUGACAUGGACGCCCUCAAACAGUACGACGGCCAUUACUGGAAGACCCUGUUCGACUCCCGCGUCGGCACCACCAAAUGGCCCUAUGGCUCCGGCGUCUGGUCCAAGAAAGAAUGGGUAUUGCCCGAAAUUGACGACGAAGACAUCGUCAGCGCGUUCGAAGGGAACUCCAAUCUCUUCUGGGCCGAGAGAUUCGGCAAGAAAAUCCUUGGGAUGAAUGAUUUGUGGGUUAAACACUGCGGGAUUAGCCACACCGGCAGUUUCAAGGAUUUGGGGAUGACGGUUUUGGUCAGCCAAGUCAAUCGGCUGCGCAAGAUGAACAGCCCACUCGUGGGCGUCGGCUGCGCCUCCACAGGCGACACGUCCGCCGCCCUCUCCGCCUACUGCGCCGCUGCAGGCAUCCCCUCCAUCGUCUUCCUACCCGCCAACAAGAUCUCCAUGGCGCAGCUGGUGCAGCCCAUCGCGAACGGCGCGUUCGUCCUCAGCAUAGACACGGACUUCGACGGUUGUAUGAAACUAAUCCGGCAGAUCACGACGGAGCUCCCAAUCUACUUAGCGAACUCGUUGAACAGUUUAAGACUAGAGGGACAAAAAACUGCGGCGAUCGAAAUCUUGCAACAGUUCGAUUGGGAAGUUCCUGAUUGGGUGAUCGUCCCGGGAGGAAACUUAGGCAACAUCUAUGCGUUCUACAAAGGAUUCAAAAUGUGUCAAGAACUGGGCCUCGUCGAUCGGAUUCCAAGACUCGUCUGCGCUCAGGCCCGGAACGCCAACCCGUUGUUUCAAUACUAUAAUUCGGGGUGGAAGGAGUUCAGCCCCGUGACGGCGAAAACUACGUUUGCGUCCGCAAUUCAAAUCGGCGACCCUGUUUCGAUCGACAGAGCAGUUUACGCUCUAAAGAAGUCAAACGGGAUCGUGGAAGAGGCGACGGAGGAGGAGCUGAUGGACGCAAUGGCGUUAGCCGAUUCGACAGGGAUGUUUAUUUGCCCGCACACAGGGGUGGCUUUAUCGGCAUUGAUGAAGCUGAGGGGGAAUGGGAUCAUCGGCCCGAAUGAUCGGACUGUGGUGGUGAGCACGGCGCACGGAUUGAAGUUUACGCAGGCGAAGAUUGACUAUCAUUCCGGGGCGAUUGGGGAGAUGGAGUGUAGGUAUUCGAAUCCGCCGGUGAGUGUGAAGGCUGAUUUUGGAUUGGUGAUGGAUGAGCUGAAGAAGUUCUUGUCGGAGAGGAGGUAGAUCAACUUAGGAAAAUGGUGGUAAUUGUACAACAUAUGGCAAGUUUUCUUUUGAGUUUUUUGAAGUUGUAAUUUGAUGUAUUUUCGUUUAUGUCUUUGUUGGGAGUCUAUUAGGAAAAAUUCUAGCUCCAACUAAGUAUCAAUCACAAGUUUUGAUCAUUUUCUUUAAUUA